GUUUAUAAAUAUAAAUAUGCAAUCAAAGGCAAAAUAUGAUGAAUUCGAAAUUCUAUAAUGUUUUGGAUGCCCAGAGGUACAAAAAUCAUAAAUAAGAAUAGUAUAAAGUUAAAAUUGGAAAAAAUGAACAAGGCCAACACGUUUUACUCAAUUUUUUUGAUAUUUCUUUUAGAGAUUAACUUUAAGAGUUAUAAAAUAUUAGAAAUUUGGAGCAUCCAUCUAUUCUUAAAAUUCUACAAAUAAGAAACUAAGGAAAUUAUACAGUAUUAUUUUAAAAAGAUAAAAGAAAAAAAAUAAAAGAACAUUAAUUAGAUCAUGUGUUAUAUAUGAAUAUCCAAAAGGAGGAGAAUUAUAUGAAUACUUAUUUUAGACUGGAAACUUUAAUGAAACUUAAGCUCGAUGUUAUUUUAAAUAAAUUGUUGAGGGUAUUCUUAAUUUAUUAUUUAAAGGGUUAAUAUAAGUUCAUAAGUUCGGAUUAUUUCAUGGAGAAUUAACUACAGAUACCAUUUUUUUUAGUGAUGCAAAAUAAAUUAAAAUUGGAGAGCUUGGGCUGAAUUGGAUAAGAAAAAAAAAAUAUGGUAAUUAAUAAUUAAAAUAAUUAGUUUAUGAAACUUAAGGAUGGGCUGAUGUAAACAACAAUCACUAAUAAAGCAAGGAUAUUUUUGCUUUAGGAAUGAUUUUGUUUUCUUUAUUAUUUGGUAAGCCUCCCUUCUCUUCGUUAUCGGUUGAGUAAAACUUACUUUUUUAAUUAUUUUUAAUUUAACCACAGAAAUUUUGGGAAAAAAUGUAAAAGAAUUAUCCAAAAGUGGUUGUCAACGAUCUAUUUAAGUUUUAAUUUUUUUUACUUAGAUUAGAGAUCUCAUAUCAGGAAUGUUAACAGAAACUCCGAAUAAUAGAAUGUCCUUAAGUGAAGUUUACAAUCAUUCAUGGACUUAAAUCAAUUCUGAAUUUACAGAAGAGAUGAUUAGAGAGUUCUAAUCAAAACAAAAAAAAAUUGAAUAAUUCAUAUUAAAAGCCAGUUUAUCUCGUUAAUAAAGGCAGAUGACAAUGAGCGAUAAUAAAUAAUAACGUUUCAAUAUAAUAUUAUAAUUAGUCUAAAAUGGAGUUGGAUCUUUUAGAUCAUAAGAUGAUGAUGAGUCAAAAUUUGAAGAUUUAUAAAUUUGGAAAACGAAGAUAAAACAAAUAUCUGUAACUAUGAGUAUUUAUAAUUUUAGAUUGAGUUCUUGAAGUCUGGUGAUUGUUUAUUUAAUUCAAACCCAAAGGAAAUCAUAAAUUUGAUAAAAUAAAAAUUAUAGGCAAAUAAUUUCAAUCUAAAAAUUAUUGAGAAAUUUACUGAAAAUUAUGAAUUUAGUGUAACCAUAAUUAAAGAUAAAUAUAGAUAAUGUUCUCAAGUGAAUUGGAAGCUGAAGUUAAAGUUGAAAUAUUGCAAUUAGAAAUAGAAUAAGAUAUUUUAUGCUUACACUUUAUUAGAUUAAAAGGAGAGCUGUAAAAUUACAUUGAAACAGUAAAAAGAUUUCAUUAAUUAUUUAAUAAAAUCUUAAGUGAAAUAUCUAAAAAUUUUUAAGAAAAAGAAUAAAAUAUUUGA